GUCGACCAGCUUGGUGAGACCGUCCGUGACAUCAAGGAUGCCUACCAGAAGGUUCGCGGAGUCCAAGACGAGGCGGCAAAGAAGAAGGGCAUGGAGAAAUGGUUCGCCGAAGAUCUUCCCAAUUGGGUGAAGCUGGCCGAGAAGUCUCUCCCUGCCGGCCCGGGGCCGUUCAUGGUCGGGGGCAAAGUCUCUGCUGCGGACCUGCUCUUCUACACCCUCCUCCUGGCACCGGGAGGAUUCUUUGAUAACACGGAGGGAGCCAAGGCUUCUUUCCAGGACAGCCCGAAGAUCAAAGCCGCACUGGAAGCUGUCGAUGCUCUUCCUCAGCUGCAGGAGUACCUGAAGAAUCGCAAACCGAGCCCGUUCUAA